UUUUAUUUGGACAUGGAACGCGACGCGAAGUCUUCGAGAUGUUUAUCACGCGCAAAUUAGUGAACAAUUAGCAAAAAAUAAUCCGAGAAACUCCUAUGACGACACAGUGACAAAGUUAAAUAGUCAACAAACGCGACCAAUUGUUGACUCUGUGAGCGGGGCAUGCUGACUCAGCCACGGCGAACGACAAAGGCAGAUACGGCUACGAGAUAAAGUCCGGCUGAGUCUCUUAUUAUAGCAUUGCUGCUUCUGUGCCUGCUACAAAGACGAAAGGCGUUGACGAAACCAGCAGCACACGCACAGAUGUAUACCAACUAAACCGCAGUGCCAUCCACUACACACACACACACUUACGCUUACGCACACAGGGCCAGACAGCACCACCUACAACACCUAACACACAACAACAUACGCACACACACACACACACACACACAAUGUCACAUUUACCACUGGCACUGUAUGGCUUCGCAGCAUUUUUUAUGAUUUUCUGGUUUGGUACAUGGUGUGUGCAUCUGAUCGCGAUCUGUUAUGGCAAGUACAAGCUGCACAAGAAAUCGUGCAAGUUGCCCACGGAAUCCUCUCCGCUGCCGGGCGUUUCCAUACUGAAGCCACUGAUGGGCGUGGAUCCGAAUUUGCAGCACAACUUGGAAACUUUCUUUACCAUGGACUAUCCGCUAUACGAGCUGCUAUUUUGCGUGGAGGAAAAGCACGACCCAGCCAUAAAGCUGGUGGAGCAGCUGCUGGACAAGUACCCGCAGAUAGAUGCCCAGCUCUUUGUGGGCGGCUCCGAUGUGGGCGUCAAUCCUAAAAUUAACAACAUCCAUCCCGGCUAUAUGGCGGCAAAAUAUGACUUCGUCAUGAUCUCGGACAGCGGCAUCAAGAUGAAGAACGACACGCUCCUGGACAUGGUCCAGAAUAUGUCCGAGCGACACGCCCUUGUGCACCAAAUGCCCUUCACCAGCGACCGUGAGGGCUUCGCGGCCACCUUCGAGAAGAUCUUCUUCGGCACGGUGCAGUCGAGGAUUUACCUGUCCGCCGAUGUGCUGGGCAUCAACUGCCACACGGGCAUGUCGUGUCUGCUGCGGAAGGCAGUCAUCGAUCAGCUGGGCGGGCUACGCGCCUUCGGCUGCUAUCUGGCCGAGGAUUUCUUCAUUGCCAAGCGCGUCACAGAACUAGGUUGGAAGAUGCGCAUAUCCAACCAGCCCGCCCUGCAAAACAGCGGCAUAUGCGAUAUUGGAAGCUUUCAGGCGCGACUCAUACGAUGGGCCAAGCUGCGUGUCGCCAUGGUGCCGACCACGAUCCUGCUGGAGCCGCUGUCGGAAUGCAUGCUGCUGGGCGCACUGGCCGCCUGGUCGGCAUCGCUGCUAUUCGCCUGGGAUCCGCUGGUGUUUUACUUGGUGCAUGUCUUGUGCUGGUUUCUGUCCGACUGGCUGCUGCUGUCCAUUGUGCAGCAUGGCUCGAUGCCGUUCCACAAAUUCGAGUUUGUCAUCGGCUGGCUGUUCAGGGAGCUCUCCGGCCCCUAUCUGUUCCUGCACGCGCUCUGGAAUCCCGCCAUACGCUGGCGCACGCGCACCUUCAAGCUGCACUGGGGCGGCAUGGCCUACGAACUACCGCUCAACCCACCCGCGUCCGAUUCUCUCACAGCGCCGCUGCAGCCGGCGCCCACGUUGUUGGCGACAACAAAUACGACGAUGGGAGCGGGGCUGGCCGCAGCUAAGCAGCGACUGCUGAUCUCGUAGCAGCAGCUAGUUAGAAUUUGUUUGUUAUAUGCAUAAUUUGUACUUUUGUGAGCGACUCAGCGGACUGCGUUUUGAGCUACAGUUGAUGGUAGUAGUAUUAUUACUAGCUAAACCCUUAGUCACUAUAAAAACUUAAAGAAAUUAAGUCUUAAGAUAAGUGAUCGGGCGCACAGACUAAACUCUGCUUUGCUUGUCUAAAAUCGGCCUUAGGCUUACACAGGAUCCAGGACCCAGCAUUAAGUCUGCGCCUGAGUACUCUGCUCUUUGGCAACAUCAAGCUUUAACGCUAGCAACUUUAAAUUAAGUUGACAGUUUUGCUUUAAAUAGCCAUACGUCUAUCUGUAGAGAUCCGUAAGAUAAGUUCUAAGUUGCGACAGUUUGUAUAUUUGUAUUUAGUUAGUCUGAGAUUGAGCUGAGAGAGUAUGUAUGCAUAGGUUAGUUAGAUUUUGUUAUUGUUAUUUUGGAAUCGAUUAUCGUAAUUAUAAUUAGCUAUUUAUUAUUUCUAAGCGAAACAGUAUGCUGUCUUUUUUCUUCUUCUUUGAUUUACCAUAUAUAUCUUUUGCCCCCUGCUUCGUGCUCUGUAUAUAUGCUUCGCUAAACCGCCAUCGAAUAAAUAUAAUUUUAAUUAUAAUCGAGUUUAUUUUUACUUUUGAUCAUUUGUCAUUCAUGUAAUUACAUUUCGUUCUCUAUAUAUUUUUUUUAAUGAUAAAAGUGAAUCUAUUGUUAAUGAGUCAGUUCAAUGGGCUUUUCUUUUUGCCUAUCUAUGAUCGCCAGGUUAUAGUUCUCACACUUCAGAUGAGUCACAAUGCGCACUUGUUAUCACACAUUUGACAGUCAUUGGAGGGGGGCGUUGCCUUGCCGCACAUUUGAUGUGGGCUCAAAAGUCGUGUAAAUUCUUUUAAUUAUGCUGAACAUACUUUUGCUAUGAGCGCACUCUGCCGUCUGUAGACCCUUGCCCUCGCCGCCAAGAAACCUAGUAUUAUCCAUAUUAAGCUAGAAUUUAAUUGUACGUGAAACGCUUAAGGGAAAAAUGUAGAAAUUUCUCAGCGAACGCUGAGUCAACUUUAGCAUCACAUCUUGCGGGGUCUGGGAUCGAGAAUAAAAGCUUUUGUCGUAAUAAAUGCGAAUGAAUCUUAUCUCUAUCUCAGGGCCCGCCAAGUAUUGAACAUAAUAAUAUUAAUAAGUGUAUACGAGUGCGUGUAUACACUAAAAACAAACAGACACGCGCUCGGCAACAACAACACAAGAACAUAUUUAUAAAUUGCGAGUAUACAGAUUAGAGAGCCAUAUCAGUUGCAAAGCACAGAGAAUGGAAACGUGAAGGAAAGGCGGUCUACUGAUUCAGUUCAGGCGCCUUAGGUUUACAAAUAAAUUAAGUAAGAGAGAUUAAAACAAGAAAGACCGGCUAACUUCGGCAACGCCGAAUAUUAAAUACCCUCGUAGCAUUAUAGUUUACAGUUUUGCAGAUAUCUUGGAAACACGAACAUUUUUUCAUAGUAAAAACGUUUUUUGACCGAUUCAUACAUUAUAUUUGUCCGAUGGAAUGAUACCUAUAUGUAAGUAAACCUAAUCAAUGGCAAUUAGUCGACAUAUCUUGAGAAACAAAAGAGAAUUCAAUUUUCGGCAGCUUUAUGAUGUCGUGUCCGAUCCGAGAUGUUGUUACCGACCAAGAAUAAGUAUACCUAAUGGGAUCGGAGAGGUCUCCUUCUAUGUUUUAUGACAUCUAUGAGGGUUUAGGAGGGAGCAAAUAUGUUAGUAUAUAUGUAUGUAUUGCACAUGGAUACAUGCUUGCACAUUCAUAGGGUAUUCGUACUAAGUAUGGAUCAGUCAUUUCCUAAGCAAACUUAGUGUUAUGUUUUGUUUUUUU